UAUGGGCUCGAUGCUUGGGAUGGUGCACGGGCGCCGUUUCCUGGCUCCUCCGAAAAGUUCACCGAGACCGCAGAGCUCUAGACAUCAACGUCGCAGUCGAGGUUUGGCCGUUCUAGAGUGUUGCAUCUAGCUCUUGAUUCUAUUACACACAAUCGCCAACAUGAUCCUUCGACGACCCCUUCUCAACGCGACUUCCGCUGUCUCGACAGCGAAAACAUGCGUGCGAAACCUCCAACAUUCGAUUCCUAUGCGACCCGUACCUCAGCCUAUUCCAUUCAUUCCCGACCAUACAUCCUUCCUUAGCGCAAUUGGCCGCGGCCUCUCCGCACACGCGACAAAGAUUCCCUCCUGGGAAGCCCUUUUCACCCUCACAUCGCCGCAAUUGAAGGAACUAGGUGUGGAGCCCGCGCGAUCAAGACGAUAUCUCCUCCAUUGGCGUGAAAAGUACCGCAACGGAGAAUAUGGUAUUGGAGGAGACUGUCAACACGUAACUGAUGGGGUCGCCGAAUUGAAAGUCGUAGAAGCGCCAGUCCCACUCAACCCCGAACUCGGCAACACAAUCAGUCCUCGCUCCGCGGCAGCGACAGCAACGCAUGACCCGGGUACGCGGAAAUUCGUCGUCAAUGUACCCACGGGUGGUGAGGCGCCUACCAAGUCACUAGACAUACUGCCAAAGGUUCAAGGUGUGUUCGUCAAGGGCGCGAAGACGAUCAAGGGAAGCUAUGUGGAGCCGAUCAAGGGUAGUGAAGGUCUAAGGGCGAGGAUACGGCUGCAGGAAGGUAUCUGGGAAGAGAGGAGGGGACACAAGGUCGAUGGUGGUGAGAGGAGGAAGGCAGAGGUCAGGGCAAAGAGGAGGGCAGCUGAAAACAAGGAGAAAGCUAGGUAGCAGAAUGCUUAUUUGGAAUCGGCUCGGAGUUUGCGAAGAGGCUUGUAAUAUCUGUACCAUAUGGUGUUUUUGUGUGCAAGUGUAGCAUACCAUAUUGGAGUUGAACAAAUGGCUGGUCAUGACUUGAACCGACGUCGCAUACAAUGUGCUGGACUCACAAUACCCUCGUGGCCUUAUUAUAACUGCCGUCUCCAACGUGUAGCAAAGAUAAAUCACUCUUGAAAUAAUCUAGUAGCUGUCCUCGAAAACUUGAUAUUACAACUUGGUA